GACUAACAAAUACGAUUGCCUAAAUUUCAUCAUAAAUUCAUUAUAUGAUCAAGUCUUUCUUUUUCUUGAUCUACACCAAAAAAACUAAUUUUCCCGCCAUCUUUACUUGGAAUUGAUUGAACAAUCAUAGAACUCAAACUGCAAAAAUGGCGGCACCAUUGAUACUACCCAAAUUGACUCUUCUAAUCCUUGUAUUCUGCAUUUUAAUCUCUUUCGAUCAACACAAACACAACACCAAUAACAACAACAACAACAACAAAACCUUCAAUUUCAUCAACACCAUUCCAUUUCCAAUACAUUCUUUUUCCGGUGGUCCUGUUUCUUUAUCUGUCACCACCAACAAGAACCAUUAUUCAGACUCUUCUUCUUCUGAUUCUAAUUCUCAAUCUCUUCUUGAAUAUGAUUUUUACCGUAAUUCUUGUCCGAAUGCUGAACGCAUUGUUCGUUCUACACUUCAUCGGGUUUAUAAAACUAAUCACACUUUGAUUCCUGCUCUUAUUCGUCUUGCUUUUCAUGAUUGCUUCAUUCAGGGAUGUGAUGCUUCUAUUUUGUUAGAAGAUGAUGAUUACAUUGAUUCAGAGAAAGAUUCACCUCCCAAUGGAAGUCUCAAAGGCUUUGAUGUAAUAGAGACGAUUAAAUCCAAGCUUGAAGUGGCAUGUCCUGGAGUUGUUUCUUGUGCUGAUAUUCUUGUGCUGGCUGCAAGAGACUCUGUUGCUCUGGCUGGUGGUCCAUUCUAUCCAUUAUAUACAGGAAGGAGGGAUGGUUCUAACUCUUUUGCUGACAUUGCAACAGAUGAGCUUCCUUCACCCUAUGCUGAUUUAUCUCAAAUCAUUUCAUCCUUCAAAUUAAGGGGAUUUGAUGAAAGAGAAAUGGUCACUCUCUUAGGUGCCCACAACAUUGGUGUAAUCCAUUGCAAAUUCUUCGAAAAUCAUCUUUAUAACCUCAGUGGAACUAAUAAACCUGACCCUUCUAUGAAUACUGAAUUUCUAAAUGUACUAAGAUCAAGAUGCAAUGAAACUGAUGCAUUGUCAAUUUCAGCAUCAGGAUAUACAUCGCAUGCCUCGUCUUCUUCCUUAGCUGAAGAACAACAAAAAAUCACUAUGGACUCUAGGAAAUCGCUAUCGGGUUUCGGGAUGUUAUACUACCGCAGCCUAUUGCAAGGUAAAGGAAUCCUCUAUGCUGACCAGCAGCUAAUGGAAGGUGAAAAAACAAAGUAUUGGGUUCAAGAAUAUGCAUCUAAUCCUACUUUGUUCCGUCAAGAUUUUGCACUGGCAAUGAUGAAACUCUCGGAUCUUCGAGUUUUGACAAUGCCUAUGGGACAGAUUCGACGCACUUGUUCAAAAGUUGCAUGAAAGUGCUGCUAAGA